UGUCUCUUCUUUAUCAGUGACAUUUCGAAAAAAAAUUUUUGGUUCACCUUUUCUGUCAACAUUUCCAAAUCUCUGUUAAUUUGUAAAAAAAAAAUUCUUCUUUUCUGGCAAAAUUUUUCAAAAUACCACUUUUCUAAAAAUUAUUCUAUAUUUUCAAGAAAAAUUCGAAUUUAUUUAAAAAUGCGUGAAAUUGUUCACAUACAAACUGGCCAGUGUGGCAAUCAAAUAGGUGCAAAGUUCUGGGAGGUAAUAUCCGACGAGCAUGGAGUUGACGCAAACGGUAUCUAUUGCGGUGAGACUGAUCUUCAACUCGAGAGAAUCAAUGUCUACUAUAAUGAGGCAUCUGAUAAUUUAUAUGUUCCACGAUCAAUUUUAGUUGAUCUCGAACCAGGAACAAUGGAUUCCGUUCGUUCAGGUCCAUUUGGACAAAUAUUUCGGCCCGACAAUUUUAUUUUUGGACAUUCGGGUGCUGGUAAUAAUUGGGCAAAGGGACACUACACCGAGGGCGCUGAACUUGUUGAUUCUGUACUCGAUAUUGUCAGAAAGGAAGCUGAAAAUUGUGAUUGUCUUCAAGGUUUUCAAAUGACCCAUUCGCUUGGUGGUGGCACUGGUUCGGGAUUGGGAACACUUCUUAUAUCAAGAAUUCGUGCUGAAUAUCCCGAUAGAAUAAUGAAUAGCUAUCCUGUUGUUCCAUCGCCAAAAGUAUCUGACACUGUUGUUGAACCCUACAAUGCAAUACUAUCAGUUCAUCAUCUUAUUGAAAAUACCGAUGAAACAUAUUGCAUUGACAAUGAAGCACUUUAUGACAUUUGUUUUCGUACUUUAAAACUUCCCACACCAACUUACGGCGAUUUAAAUCAUCUUGUUUCAUUGACAAUGUCAGGAAUUACCACUUGUCUCAGAUUUCCUGGACAAUUGAAUGCUGAUCUUCGAAAACUUGCUGUGAAUAUGGUUCCAUUUCCAAGAUUACAUUUUUUUGUACCAGGAUUUGCGCCACUAACAGCGCGUGGAAGUCAAAAUUAUCGUGCCCUAACUGUUGCGGAAUUAACACAACAGAUGUUUGAUUCAAAAAAUAUGAUGGCGGCUUGUGAUGCAAGACAUGGACGUUAUUUAACGGUUGCCACUGUUUUUCGUGGUAAAAUGUCAAUGAAGGAUGUUGAUCAACAAAUGUUGAAUAUACAAAAUAAAAAUAGUUCAUUUUUUGUUGAAUGGAUACCAAAUAAUGUGAAAACAGCUGUUUGUGAUAUUCCACCAAAAGGAUUGACAAUGUCAUCAACAUUUAUUGGCAAUACAACGGCAAUUCAGGAAUUAUUCAAAAGAAUUUCCGAACAAUUUUCCGCUAUGUUUCGAAGAAAAGCAUUUCUUCAUUGGUAUACAGGUGAGGGAAUGGAUGAAUUGGAAUUCACCGAAGCCGAGUCAAAUGUAAAUGAUCUUAUUGCUGAAUAUCAACAAUAUCAGGAAGCAAGUAUUGAUGAUGAUGAAUUUGAUGAAGAACAAAGUGAAGAAAAUUAAAUUAAUUUGUUGUUUUUUCAAUUGCGGUAAAUUAGAAGAAAAAAAAUUUUAACGCUGAGUUGAAAAUAAAUUUUAUUAGAAAUUAAAAUUCCUAUACACAAAAUAUUUGACAAUAACAAUAUAUAUAUAUUUAUUAUAAACAAUAUAAUGAUAAAUUUUUCAUGA